UUCACCUGGCUGCAGUCAGGGAGGGUUGUUAAGGUGAUGUGGGGACACCUGUGUCAGCCUCAGCCAGGCUACAAAUACAGGUCGGAUUUCAGAGGCUCUUUUGGUCCCUCCUCGGCUCCACAUCGCUCCAGAUCAGAGCAGGUUGUCACUCCAGCCUUGGAGGUUUCCAAGGAUGCUGCAAAGGCAGUGAUGUUGGUGUCCCACUUUGAGGCGUCCAUUAAUGCUCCUGCUAUGGCACCUCUUCGUUGUGCAGAGGAUGUGACCCGCAGAUUAGCGGAGACCCUGCCAUGGGAUGGUCAGAGCAGGGAGAGCUGGGUCCGGGAUCUGGAGAGGCUGAAGGAGGAGCUUCAGUCUGCCGUGCACUUCAUUCUCCAACCCCUCAGGGCCGUUUCCAGCUACCAUCACUACUUCAACAAGGCCAACAGCUGGUACAGUCUGGUCCUCUGUGAGAACAUCCUUCAGGAGCUGCUGUCAGGAGUUGUUCCUACAGAACAGCACAGGAGGGUGACCUGGGGGAAGAUCCCUGUGUGGAGGUGCAAACUGUCCACUUUCCUAAAGAAGAAUCCUCCGCCAGAUACAGAGGAGCUGGUUCACCUGUCUCGCCUGUCUAAUGUCGUCCCAGGUGAUGCAGUCCAGCAGGCGGGGAGGCAGAUGUCAGAGCGGUGCAUGACCCUGAGGAACCUUCUUACUUCUUCAGGACCUGUAAAUGUGGGUCACCUCCAGCUGGCCCUACAGUGGCAAUAUGAGUUGUUGCGGAGCAGCCAUUUAAAUCAGUUCCAUGCGCACAGUGCGACAAACGGAACCACCAAAGAGUUUCAAAACAGCCUCUUGGAGUCCAAGCUCACUAAAUGUGAGCGAGGUAAAGGAACUGAACAGCUUCUUGGAACGAGUCCUUUGGCUGAAGUUUCUGAGAUGGUGUCAGCUGCAUGCAAGUCCCCCUCCCUUAAAUCAUUUGACUCAGGCUGUGAUGGAGAUGGGAGCAGCCGACUGGAGGCCUGGAAAGGGAGGGAAGAAGUUAAAGGUCUGCCUAGAUUAGCUGGGAUCAGGGACUGUGUGAGACCGACCAUCAGCCAUCCUCAAAUCCUUAGAGAGCACAGCAACAGUGUUUCAGAUCCUGUGGAUCACAGAGGGGAGGCUGACUCCUCUGGGACUAGAAUCCAGAUCGUUACUAAAGUAACUGAAGAUUCCCUCAAUUUAAAGAUUAAAAUGAAGCUCUCGGCUGCACAUCCAAGUAAUGUUUGGUUAAGUUUGCCAGCAGAGGAUCUGGAAAACUCGUACACUGUCAUUAUCACGCACAGCCCCACAACGCAGAAGACGGAUACCUGCACCAAUGGCACCCACUGCAACAGUUCUCCUGUUCAACCCACAAAGAUGGAGGAGUCCGGGCCACGGAGCAGGGACUGGAUACGACAUUCUCAGAGCAGUUUGGAUGAUCCUGGAUUAAGUCCCAUCCGAAACGUACUCUCCAGCACUAUUACAGAUGGAAGAGACGAGUCCACCUCCACCACAGAGGGGAUUCCCAGUCUUCUCUGGGAUUCUUACGACCUUCAUGACCACAGUCAGGAUGCUGUGGAUGGGCACGACCAUUGGCCACUGUGGAGUGAGGACCAGUUUGGUGUGACGUCGUUCAGUGGGUUAACUGAAGCUGAUGUUCUUGGCCUUGGAGACGACCUUGAUCCGGCAGAGUAUGACAACCUCAAGGAAGCCGGAUCAACUGGAUCUGCAAGUGAAACAUGGGUUUCUGAAUAUGGACACUGCAAUGAAGCUUCAACAGAAUCAGCAGCAUUUCACAGUUGGCCCGACCUGCUGACGGAGCUAAGGCUAGUCUACAUUCUGGACAAGGGGAUCAUGGAGGAGCACCUGAAGACCUAUGACACCCAAUGCAGUGAAGAAACCCACAACAAGGAACUCUGUGAGAGGCCUUCAGAUAAAUGGUCAAGUGUGAGCAAAGAGAAGGAGUUUUUCUGGUUACAACUGGAAAAGGAGAAAAAGGAGGUGACGCUUGAAAAGAAGUUGGACAAAGUUGGAGCAGAUUUGGUUCCUGGUGCUGUCCCAGAGGCUACAGGCUCUUGCUUCGAGGAUGAUCCAUCUGGAUGUAAUCGAACUACCUUAAAUAGUAUCUCUGAUUUAAAGCAACCUGCUAAAAAACCAAAAAACAAACUUCUGGGAUGUGUCUAUUGGAAAGAUUUGGACACAUCUGGUGAAUAUGCGACCAUAUGCAAACCAGAAGCCUCUUUAAUCCCUGAAACGUGGCCAGAUGAUGGCGUGUUUGAUCCUGGUGGGAAAUCACUUCAUCCUCCAAUGCCAAGAAAAGCUUCACUUCCUAUGAACACCAACCUUACAGAACUUGAAUCUCCUUGUUCCACAGAGCUGGCGACUCCAGCUCUGUCUUCAGUAGCUCAAGAUCCUGAUUUUGUGCAACUUGAUCUACAAGAUAAAUCUAUUAAAUCUCAGCUAGAGAAUGUAACUCCAGCCAUCAGUUUCCACUUAGAGGAUGUGUCUGAAAUAACAACCAGAAGUGACGAGGGGGCACCAAACAUGGAAAUCCGGACUUCAUCUCUCAGUGAUGAGUGCCCAGUUGAACAGUCAGCACCACAGCUGCUUCCUGACCAGUCUCUGGAGUUGGACCCUGGUGGAAGAGACAACCUGACUGAAAACUUGCCUGAUGGUGUUCUGGCCCCGUUUAACAUCGACAUGAGAGAGAUUUUGGAUUCGUCUUUUGGUCGGGGAAUCCUCUGCUGCCCGGCCUGCACAGGUCUGACGAGACAGGGAGUGUUCGUGUCACCAGUGGGGGAGAGGUGUUGGCCAACCUGUCCACCUCCAGAAGGCAGGAAGAAACUGCAGAACCGAGCCUGCAAAUCAUUUUCAAGAAAUGACCCUAAGACGGACUCCUGUAAAGUCUGCCAGACGGACUCCUGUGUAACGUACCACUUACAUUUAUUUCCCCAAAUGCAAUUUAGACAUGGCUCUAAUUCAGUGGAUUGUCUGAGCCAUUACAUAACUCUUUUUAAUCCUGAGUCUGUCUGUGGAGUCAGUUUUUCUUUUGUCAUCAGUUGAGAUCCACCAAUAAUGGCAACGGCAAAACUUCUGUCCGUCAUAAAAUUCCUGUCAGUCGAUGUCAUUGGCCGUCAAAAAUCUUUUUAACUGUCCCAACUUUCCUGUUCUGUGUCUGUGUCCUGAGAAUUUUAGCAUUAUUUAAUUUGAUUUUACUUUCUUCCAGAUAUUAUAAUAUAAGCUAUAAAUAAGUCAAAUUUAAACUAUGACCACAAUAAAUGAUCACUGGGCAUGAUGUAAGCCUGGAGCUGGGCGGUUUGUUCGUGGUAGAACAUCCUGUUGAUCUGAGCCACCUCCAGCUGCUCGUUCUGUUCACGCAGGUCAUUU